AUGCAAUAUUAUGCAGCAAAACCAAAUGUUACCGAAAAAGGACCCUUUUCUUUUCGGAUGGCAGAGAGAAAGAAGGAUUUGAAAUUCAGCAAGGAUGGCAAUACCGUUUAUUACAAAAGUUACAAACAGUAUUUCUAUGAUCCCGACAUAUCAUGUGCUACAUGCCGUAACAAUCCGGAAUUGAUACUUCCAAAUGUCGUGGCACUGGGAGCGGUAGCAACAAUGAUGCAAGAGAAAGAAUGCGGUCCGACCUGUCGCCUAAUAAUUGAUGUCGGGCUGUUACUUAUGGGCGAGUAUCCUUUUCGAAGGUUGAGGCCAUUGAAUGUUACAUUCUACGGAUACAACGAUCCAUUGCUUUCGCUUGCAAAUUCACCCAUUUUCAAAUUUCUUGGCGAUAAAUUUAACAACGGUAAACCGGUUAUCCCGCUCAAAAUCCCACACUUACCAAAUUUGGCUUUGUUUUACAGACUUAACAAUUCUAAUGAUGAAGAUUAUAUUAUUGAAACGGGUAAAAAAGAUAUUGAUUCAAUUGGAAUGAUUCGAACCUGGGCUGGAUUCAACCUUUUGCCGUUAUCUUGGUGGCAAACAAUGCAAGCGCGAAUGAUCAAUGGAACUGAUACCGGAAGUUUUGCACCGUUACAUUUGACGUCCAACAAUAUUCUCCCUUUCUUCAGUUCAUUUUUGUGUCGAUCAUUUACAGCAGUAUUUUCUAAGCAUUCAACCUAUAAGGGAAUGAAAAGUGUAGAAUUUGUGGUUUCACAAGAAGAAUUUGAUACUAUCGAUAAUAAUUAUAUCGGUUUCCGAUAUCGUAAUCUCGAGAAAAUCAAGUAUUUUCCGGAAUGGAGUCCGUGCUCAAAGAUGACAAGAAGCAAUAACUUUACUUCUUGUUCAAGUACAAGCAUCAAUUGCUUGUUGAAGGAAAACUUGUGUCAUGAGUGUUGCGAAGGGAGCUACGUAAAUGGAACUUACCUGUUACCUCCGGGAAUGUUUCCGCUUGUAUGUUUCCCAGGCAAAAAUGAAACAUUACCAGUGUCAGUCAUCAUAUCACCACCUUAUUUUUCUUAUUCUCCGAAAGAAGUCACUGAUUCGGUAAUUGGUUUUCCACGAUUGGAUAUUAAACCAUCAGCAUUUACGUUUGUCAGAGAACCGUUAACGGGAUUAUUGAUGCAAAUUGAUAUCCAACUGAUGGUGUCAUUUCCUAUGUUUCGAACGAAUGAAUCAACGUAA